GAUUUAGAUCUCUUAUCUCGCCUCUUCAUUACAUAUUUACUGCUCGCUGUUUUUUCCCGCCCCUUGCUUCCUGGUACGGCUUCUAACGUAGAAUCACCUGAACGAAUUAAAGCAUAACCACGCUAUUUGCUAGUUUUAUUUCCCGGCAAUUCAAGGGCUCUCGACUUCGAAUCUCUCGGUACCCAAUUAUUGAUCAGCUCUGUCGAUUGUUAGGCUUUUGGAUUUAGUGGGCGCUGCGCAUGGUUAAAUUUCGGGGAUUACAGUCAUAGGGUGUGAUUUCCCUGCGAUAAUUGUGAAGGUCCACUGCAUGUGUGAGUCUUAAGGGGUCCUCUGCUCUGCUGUGGAGGAUCCCGUGCGAAAAGGCUUUCUAUGAAGUAUUCUAUUUGUGGAGAUUACCGGCUAUUCUCGGGUAUACAAGUUGGAAAGUUGCUCUAAGUUGUGGGUGUUUUUUGCGUAUCAAAUCCCGGUGAAAUGUUUGCUUCAGUAGCGGAUACAGGACAUGAAAGCAGUGGAGUGUCAGGAUCCAUUAUGAUUCCAAAGCGGUUCGUCUGGCCUUACGGGGGAAGAAAGGUGUUUCUUAGUGGCUCUUUCACAAGGUGGUCUGAACAUAUACCUAUGUCUCCUAUGGAGGGAUGUCCUACUGCAUUUCAAGUUAUUUGCAGCUUAAUGCCGGGAUAUCAUCAGUACAAAUUUAAUGUAGAUGGUGAGUGGCAGCAUGAUGAGCAGCAACCAUUUGUAACUGGGAGCUAUGGAGUAGUGAAUACUAUUUUCUUGACAAGAGAACCGGAUGCUUUGCCUUCCAUCUUUAUUCCUGAGAUGCCUGGCAGAUCCCACAUGGAGGUUGAUAAUGAUGUCUUUCGGCUUGUGGAAGCUAAUUUAAGGGUGUCAGAGUCUGAUCUGGAGGUCUCUUGCCACCGUAUAGCAGUAUUCUUGUCUACAUAUACUGCUUAUGAGUUGCUUCCUGACUCAGGCAAGGUCGUUGCCUUUGAUAUCAACCUACCAGUUAAGCAGGCGUUCCAUGUCCUUUAUGAACAGGGCAUACCUAUGGCUCCUUUAUGGGAUUUUAGCAAGAGCCAGUUUGUUGGAGUGCUUAGUGCUAUGGACUUCAUUCUAAUAUUGAAAGAGCUGGGUAAUCAUGGGUCAAAUUUGACUGAAGAGCAACUUGAGACUCAUACUAUAGCAGCAUGGAAAGAGGUGAAGGUACAACAAAGCAGAACACUGGACAGUGGGAGAUCAUAUCCUCAGCACUUUGUUCAUGCUGGCCCUCAUGAGUGCCUGAAAGAUGUGGCUUUGAAAAUUUUGCAAAACAAUGUGGCAUCAGUUCCUAUUAUUCAGUCCGGAUCACAGGAUGGUUCAUUUCCUCAGCUGCUACAUCUUGCUUCGUUGUCAGAAAUCCUAAAAUGUAUUUGCAGGCACUUUAAGCAUUCCUCCAGUUCCUUGCCCAUUUUUCAUCUGCCAAUCGGUUCAUUACCUAUGGGUACAUGGGUGCCAAAAGUUGGGGAAUCAAAUACACAGCCACUUGCAAUGCUUAGGUCAAAUGCAUCUCUUGGUGCUGCCCUGUCUCUGUUAAUUCAAGCUGAAGUUAGUUCAAUACCCAUUGUGGAUGGUAAUGACUCGUUGCUUGACAUAUAUUCAAGAAGUGAUAUUACUGCACUGGCUAAAGAUAAAGCUUAUGCAUGGAUAUCGCUUGAUGAAAUUAGCAUCCAUCAGGCACUGCUCUUGGGACAAGAUGGAAAUUCACCUUAUGGCUUUUACAAUGGUCAGAGAUGUCAUAUGUGUUUGAGAUCUGAUUCAUUGUAUAAAGUGAUGGAGCGGUUAGCUAAUCCUGGGGUUAGAAGACUUGUGGUUGUGGAGCCAGGCAGCAAGCGCGUGGAGGGGAUUAUUUCGUUGAGGGAUGUGUUCAGAUUCUUGUUAGGAUAGUUUGGUGGAUAUAUGGACUGCCAUAUACAGAGAAGGAAAGUCUGCUGUGUGGCAAUGGAAAGGACUUACUUGUUUUGUAAGUUGUCUCCGAGCUUUGCCCUGGCCUUCCUGAUCUGCUUAUUUUUCAGUGUUUGGUUGGAUGGGCAUCUCGGCCGAGGCCCACUCUAGUUUUUAGGAUAGAGUUUGAAGUGAAAAAGUUCCUAAAUCAGGCUUCGUUUUUCUCCUUUAAACACAUCAUAACCAAAACAUUAUCUCCUCUGUGCCGGCACAUCUGCAAUGCCUGUGUCCUGUGCUAACAAGUUCGAGGAGAAAAAGGAAAAGGAAUUAAAAAUAAAGGGAAGUAGUGGAUGAAAAAUUAAGCUGUCUGUGCUACCUUGUCAUUCGUUCGUUGUAGAAUGUUCAUGAUGGCCGGUUUGUAUUGCUUUUAUGUUGCAUCUCUCAACGCAUGACUUGCAAACGUGCAAGUUGACUGCAACGAAAUAAUAUUUCAUUUUUCUUGUGAAUUAAAUCGACGAUUAUAUGUGGUCAAGCAAAAA